CAGAGAUGAGCUGUGAUGUUGACCUGGCUCUCUGUGCAGCCGGGCUCCUCUCGUCCGCACACGGCCCCGGAGACCGUGCUGCGGCCGGCCCGCCUGCAGCCCAUCACCUGCAGCGGCCCCGCCGCCUCGCUGCGGCGCCGGCCCCCCCGCAGGCACCGCGUCUCCGCCGACCACCGCCAGCAGCGGCCGCUGGACGGCACCAACCCGGACGACAGGAACCCACUGAAGCGCGGCAUCACCGCAGAGCUCUGCCAGGGCGUCUCCCCCUACUGCCUCCCGGUCAUCAACAACUUUGUGACCCCCGUGCCCCCCACCACCAAGAGGAGAGACCGGGGGACGAGGGUCACCUCCAACGGAACCGUCAGGGGGCGUCGGCUACGCUCCACCACCGCCACCGACGCCAAUGAGGAGCCGCCGAUGCUGCGCGGCUCGGUUCACCAGAGCAGAGUGGGCGUGAACAUGGUGUACUGCGGCAAGACGGUGCACCUGUCCCGGGACCUGGUGGACCUGAGGGACGAGGUCAAGGUCUUCCAGCAGCACUGCGGGGGGGAGAACCUCUGUGUGUACAAGGGCCGGCUCCAAGAGGGGGAAGCGUUCCAGUUCGUGUCUCGCCGGCACCGAGGUUUCCCCUUCAGCCUCACCUUCUUCCUGAACGGCCUGCAGGUCGAGCGCCUCAGCUCCUGCUGUGAGUUCAAACACCGCAGGGGCUCGCGGCUGACCGGCCGCCGAAAACACUUCGGCUUCACCGGAGUGGAGGGAGCGUCUCCCUGUUACAAGUGUAUCAUAGCGAUGGGCUUGGACAAGAAGCCCACCCCUCCUCCAAAGAGGGUGACGGACGGUACGGAGACAGAGACGACCAGCAGUCCCAGUGACGCCCACAAGGAGACCGCCGAGGAGAAGGAGAGGGAGGAGGUGGAGGAGGACGAGGAGGAGAGGACUGCCUCCACGGCGGACCCACGGACACCUCAGCCUCAAGACAUGGAGACGGACAUCAAGGAAGAGAUCAUACAUGAGGACAAGCCCAGAGACGAUUAUGAGGAGGAUUUCGAAGCAGAUGACGAGGCAGACGAGAACUCCAAGGCGAAACAGAGCAAAGCUCCGUCUCACUCCAGUGACAAAGAACAGCAGAGGAAGGACAAGUAUGCCUCAGACAGUGAAGACGAUGAUGGAGAUGAGGGCAGUCGGUCCCGCUCAGCCUCCAGGUCCUCCAGCAGUGAGCGACCGAGCGAGGACGAAGACCCCAAAGGGGACCACCGGCACGCAGCCGAGUCUGAAGACCCCCGAGGAGACGCUGACCCUCCGGAGCCCCGCCGAGAGGAACCCCCCGCCGAACCCGCGGCCGGAGACCCCCCGACCGAAGCGGAUCCCCCCGACACCGAGAUCCCUGUACCAUCAUCGUCCCCGCCAUCACCACCAUCACCCCCACCCGAUCCACCGGCAGCCCCCGCUGCGGCCGAGGAAGCGGAGGACCACGGCGGUACGGGGAGGGACACGGGGGAGACGGCGCCGGAGGAGUCAGAGACCAGCGUCCCCCCCGGGAGCGAGGGUAAGGGACACGAGGACACCCCCACCCCCGCUUCGGCGGCAGACGACGGGGAAGGGGAAGGGGUGCCCGCGGAGCCGGAGAGAGCCAAGUCUGUUCAGGAGAAGCUAGCAGAGGCCAUUUUAACGGAGGGCCAGUGCCACUCUGAACCAGAACUUAGUGACACCACCACAGAAGAAGACGAGGAGUUUACUGGUAGAGACAACCAGCAAAACAAUAAAGACGCUACUCCUAUUCAUUGCGAGACCUCAGAGACGCAAGAACCGACCCAGCCAGAGGAGAACAAAUGUGAGGCCAGCCUCGUCGACGCCGCAGAAGCUGAAGAGGUGACAGUCGAGCAGCAGGACGACCAGGAAGAACUCAAAGCAAAGCAAACCAACGAAGAAGCCGGCGAGGAGAAGGACGAAGAACUGCAAGCAGAAGAAGAGACGCCUGCAUUGGAAGCAGAUCCCGUAGAGGAAACGAUAGAGACAGAGAAGGAGGACUCAGAGGAGAAGGACGACAUGGAGGCACCUCCACCCCAGGAGCCUGAGGAGACGGUGGAGGAGGUGGAGGAGGAGAACCAGGAAGCAACGCCUCAAGCGGAUGAACCGGCGAAACCUGGGGACAAGGCUGCGGAGGAGGAGGUGGUGGAAGAGAUGAAGGAGGUGGAGGAGGUGAAGGAGGUGGAGGAGGAGGUGAAGGAGGUGGAGGAGGAGGUGAAGGAGGUGGAGGAGGUGAAGGAGGUGGAGGAGGAGGUGAAGGAGGUGGAGGAGGUGAAGGAGGUGGAGGAUGCGGUGGAGGAGUCGAAGGAGGAUGUGGAGGAGGUGAAGGAGGUGGUGGAGGAUGUGAAGGAGGUGGAGGAGGUUAAAAAGGAAGAAGGCAUGGAGGCCGACAGUCAACCAGAGGCCAAAAACAAUGAAGCCAAUGAGGACUUGGCAGCAUUAGAACCCGAGGAAAAGAAAGAUGUUGAAACCGCUCUGCAACAAGACGCGGAGGAGCCGUCAACUGCAGCUACAAGUGAAACGGUGGACGAGAACCCCCAGCCCUCGGAGGAACCGGCUACAAGUCAAACGGUGGACAACAACACCCAGCUCUCAGAGGAGGAGCCGGCUACAAGUCAAACGGUGGACAACAGCACCCAGCUCUCAGAGGAGGAGCCGGCUACAAGUCAAACGGCGGACACCAACACCCCGCCCUCGGAUGAGCCGUUGACUGCGGCUACAAGUCAAACAGUGGACACCAACACCCAGCCCUCGACUGUGGCUACAAGUCAAGCGGCGGACACCAACACCCCGCCCUCGGACGAUCCGGCUGACACCGGCGGCGGAGAGACAGCUGUGACUGGCAGGGGAAAACUGGGGGCAGGUGAGGCCACUGUGGAGACGGCAGGGACCCGAGUCCCGGCAGAGAGUUCAAGUAGCUCAUCAGAGCUGAGUGGAGCCGCCGCGGUGCUUCAAGCCGAACAGACAGCAGCAGCAGUGGAAACAAGUGGGACUAAAAUAGACCAUGACGAGCCUGUGGAGGAUUUACAUGAAGAGAGCACUUCACAUGAGGAGAUGGAGAGCUUAAGAGGCAGAAUGACACAUGAUACAGGAGGGGAGGGCGGAAGUCUGACGUCUGUGCCGCAGAACAAUGUUGAAAAGGACAAUGUAGAAAAGCAGGAGGAAGGCAAGGAUAAUAAUGUAGAAAAGAGUGAGGCAGGGCAGGUUGAAGAGGGGAGUGAUUUGGAGGCCAAAGAACAUACCGGAAACGACAGGGAGGAGGAGGAAGGAUGUAAAACAGAGGAGGAAUCAAUGCAGAAAGUUGAAGCCAUGGAAGCAACAGAACGGACCAAAGAUGGCAUAAAGGCUGAAGCAAAGGAAACAUUAGAAGUAACAUAUGACAAAGCUAGUGAAGUUGCACAUGAAGAGAAUGUGCAAAAAGAGGAAAAGCCAGAGAAAGACAUUGAGGAAACAGGAGAUGAAAACAGUUCAAAUAAAGUUGAUGCAGAGGGAUCCGAAAUACAGGUGGCUGAAAUAGAAAACAGUGUAGAUACCAAAGAAAGUUCUCAGUCUACUGAAGACCAAGCUGUAAAACAGGCAGAACAAGUAGAAGAGAAUGACCCCCAGAAACAAGCCUCUGAGACUGCUGAGAAACUGGCCGAAACAACUGUGGAUCAAGAACCAGUGACGGAGGCUGAAAAGACAUCAGAUGAAAGCAAUGUUGAAACAGAAAAUGUUGGGGACGCUCUCAAAGCAGACAAGGCCAUAGGGAUUCAACCCGAGGACGAAGCUAAAGAACUCAAAGGCAACAUGCCCGGGUCCGAUGGUGAUAAUGAAGAUAAAGACGUUGCGGAAAAUUCAGGAGCAGCAGGACAGGGGACAUCUGCUGAAACAAAGGAGAACAUUGAAGACCAGGGCAAUCAAGCCAAACGCGUUGUGGUAGGAGAGAAGAUAGAUCCUAAACAUUCAGAAGAACCAAAUGAAGAGAAGAAGAAGGAGGAGGAUCGCACUAAUGACCAUGAGGAAAAAGACAAUCAAAGUUUACCGGAAAAUGUUGAUCAUGGACCUAGAGUUGAUCAAGUUCCAAAAGUGGAGGAAGAACAGCUGCAGAGUGGUUCUAAAGUCGUAGAAUCUGCUGAAUCCAAGGAAGCCAAGGAGCCUCCUGACAAAAAAGACACAGGUAUUGACGAUGAAAGCCCAGAUGAAAAUCAGGGCAAAGGUUCAGAAAUGAACACAAAAAAGGAUGACCAGAAUCACGGCGUAAAAGUUGAUUCCCUUGACGGACCUACAGUAGUGGAUACAGCCGACAACGUAGACGAUGAAAAGGUAGAAUCCAUCAUAGAGUCUGUUCUGAAUACCGACGACAACCACACAGACACUGAUCAUAACUCUGUUGUCGCUGUUGAGCCCACUGCUGUGAGUGGAGAACACAGUGCAGACACAGAAGAAGGAAGCAAACCUUCGGAGGAAGCCGAAAGUGUGGUGUUCAAACCAGAAGCAGACCCGGCCCAGCCUACUAUCCGUCAGGCAGCACAGAGCAGAGAGUGGGGCAAGGACGAUCCUGGCCUUCUAGAGGUCAAUGAAACUAAUGAGAAAGAAUCUGUGACUGCAGAUGUCUUCGAGAGUAAAGACAACAGGGACAAUCUUGUCACAGACUGGGUGACGUUACAUCAAACUUCAAAGUACUUUGAGACAUUUGUUGAAUCUCUAGAUGACAUGAAAGAGUUGCCAUCAAAUGCCAGUGCCGGUGCGUCUGGCUAUGGGCUAUUGCAAUCAGCAAGCCCGCCUCAAAACAUGACCAGGUCUGAGAAGAAUGAGGAAAAUAAUGAGAAGAACGAAAAGGAGAGAGAACCCUUGUUAAAAAAUAGCAAUAACUCUCCCGACAAUACCAAAGUUGAACUUGCACGGUCGGACCUGAGAAGCAAUCCUUCCGAAGGCCUGGAGGAGAGAGAACCUGCUGAAGAUGAACAGAAGUUGAAGGAGCUAACUGAAGUGAAAACCGUAGUACCCACUUCAGAGGCAGACCAGAGUACCGAAGGGUCAAACCGGACAGACGUCAAGGGAGAGAACACUUUAGGGAAGCACAAAAACAACACUGGCUCAUCGGAAGGAGACAGAGAUAAAGAUGCCUCUACCAAGGGGAACAUUGAACACUGUGACAGUUCCAAAAUGGAGACGGAAGACAUUGGAGAAAACAAUAACGUAGAGUCUGUCCAACCUGAGAGCACCACCGAGCCUGACUCUGAGCUCCCAACAGAGAAGGAAGAAGUGAAAGAUGAACCUGAGGUAGAGGAAAACCAAACAACGGUAGAGGAGAUAAAAGAUGUACCUCAGCCUGACCACACUACCGAUGAGGCCCUCCAGGCUCCAGGAGGGCCGUCGGAACCGAAAGCCUCCCAGCCAGAGGCACAACUUGACGACACCAAAGAAACAAUGGAAAGCAAAGAGGCAGACAACACGGAAGUCACAUCCGUAACCGAUCUUAUAGCUGUAACCAAUCUCACAUCUUCCUUGACCGACGAGGGCGGUCAAAAUAAACCUCAGGUCCAGUCCAAACCGUUGGACAGGAGCGGUAGUUUGAGCAGCGAGAACAAAGAGGUUCAGUUGAUUGAGGAUUUCAAACCCACUGUAAGUAAGGACCAGUUGAGCGCCUAUAGAGUGGAAGAGACCUCCCUGUUUGGUCGCAGUUCAUACCCCCAGUUUACAACACAGACAGGAAGUGGCUAUUGACACCGCACUCGACACAGCAUGUAUAGCACUUUUAAAAAUUAGAUUUAAAGAUAUUCAUUAUUUUGCACAGCGUUUAAGGCAAUCUGAUGGUAAUGAGGAAUCUACCAAAACAAUCCUAAGGACCCCAAUAUAGCAGAUAUUUUUGUACUGAAAUUGAUUUGGUUGAAUGACCAAGAAUAGAAUAUUUAUUAAGGACUAAGGAAGCCCUGAAAGGACACUUGGUAUGUUUGUUUAUAAUUAAAACUCAAACGGUUUUAAUCCAUCAGUAGGCGACAAAAGAAGCUUGAUAAUGAGUUGUGAUUGUUGAACAGCUCAUCUCUUCUCUUAUUGUCCUGAACAAACAAUAUGGCAAAGCUUGUGAGUGGUAUCCGAUAGUCCCCCCCCCCCCCUUCUCUCUCUCACACACACACACACACACACACACUAUCCCCUGUUACGAGAUACUUGUCCUACUCAGGCCCCACAAAUCAUUGAAUAAUUUAUCAUUGUUACGACUCCCGGAGUUUGCUUUGGACCGAACACACUUUCAACAUCUCCGUUGGCUGCUAGAAGCACUAUUUUACAGUGUGUCUGGCUGUAUCGUAUUGCAUCUCUUAUGCUCAAAGUUUAGCCACAAAGCCUUUGUGUUGAGUCAAUUGAUAUUUAAAUCAAUUCUUUGGUUAACUAUAAUGAUAUCCUGAUAAGAUAUGUAAUUCAUCCAACAAAUAGAGCUAGUUGGGAGAGUCCCUAAAAUUGUAAAUUAAAAAGGCACACUAAUAUUACACAUGAAUAAUUACUGUAGCUAUGUAACAUGACUUGUUUUACAUAGGCACUGAUUUGUGUCGUAACUGCCGCUUAAACUACCUCUUUCUCUGUUUGUUUCCAGUUAUAUCAAUGAUUUUCUAUUGGUGUGAUUAUUGUGAACAAUGUAAGUCAAAAAUGUAAUCUCUGGCAGAGUCAAUUGCAAAUGCUUGUGUGAGUUGGCCAUUAAAAAUAA